AUGGCCUUAGGGAAUCAUGUGGCCGAGAUUGCGCGUCAAGGGAUCUGGGCGUCGUUGACCGGAGGCUGGUGUUAUGAACCUUCCAACUCUUUGUUCUGCAACACAGUCCACCUCUACAUAUGGAGUGUUCUGUUGCUCUUUCCACUUCUUUUGGGUCUCUUUACUGCCGGUAGUACAACCUGGGUAUUAUGUGCGAUCUAUCUGGUAUUCGUCCUGCUUUUGUUCUCGUUGGUCAAGUUUAUGACCAUUUAUUUGCAUCGGCUGUUCGAUAAGACGGAGCCGAUGAUUGCCAUGAAGGACAAGAAGACCGCGACUUCCGAGACUUUCCGAAGCCCAGUUUCAUCGUUUUCGACGACAAGAAGAGAGACUAGUAAUAUUGAUGGACAAGUGGUUGAAAUGGUGGAAUUGGAAAACAAAGGUGGAGAGAAUAAGGCUAACAAUCAGGUAGACAUCACUUAUUCAGGGAUUACUCUUUAGGUGGAGCUGGUAUUCGAAGAUGAACAGAGCUUGGCAUCUUUGGCAUUGUCUGCGGGAAGUGGGGAGAACUCGAGUAAUGCUUUGUUGGGGAUCUCGAAGAAGGAUCGGCAGGGAAUUGCACUGCCGACGGAUAGUCUGGAACUCAUUCCAUUGCCUAAGAAUAAUAGGUGAGGGUAAAAUCACUUAUUUUUACAACAUUUUUUUGAUUAAUCAUCAUAUUAGAUUCGAAAAUAGAUAUGGGUUUUCCAUUAACUUCUGACCUUAUUUUAGUGAUCUGAUCCGUCAACGAAGUUUUAUGAGUGGUCGAAAAAUGAGCGAACCCAAUUUUGGCCGGUUGAUUCGACGGAGUGACAGAGCGCUAACAGAUCCAGGAAGAAAGAUUCGGAGGGCCAGGAGCAGCAGUGACACUCAUGGAGAGAUAAAACGAGGUUAUGAUGGGACUCUGACCGUCAGCAAUGUCCAUUUUGCUCAUGUAAGUUGUAGAAAAACUUAUAUUUACUAAAAUCAUUUCCGACAUUAAUAUAAACCUUUUAGGAGACGAAUCUCAAGAAAAACGAGUCUCAGAGUGGAAAGAAUAACUAUUCCAGUUGCGAAGGUAGGUAAUCUAAAUUUACGGUUAGUCAUCUUACUUUAGAUAAUGAACCCUGCUGCUCUAAAUACAUUGAUAACGAACCCUCGAGCUCCAAACGACCUGAAAAAACAAAAGCUUUGGCUAUAAUUCCAAGCACUGCAUUGCACCGGACUUUGGAAAGGAUUGGAAACGAAAAUCUCCCGCAGUUGAGAACCGACCGAGAAGGAGAUUUGAAGAUGCAGAUCACAAAAUUCUUGGAAGAACUGAUCGAUAAGCAUCCAGAAACUCUAGAUGCCAUUGAGAAUGUGAGAAUGAGUCGGUUAUGCAAGCAAGAUGGGGUAGCCUACAAAGUGCAUGAGCCAGAUUCGAUAAACUCGAGGUACAAUUGUCAUGGAUAAUAUAUUAGGUUGGACGGAAAGUUCGUACGAUUUUUUACUGCUGCUAUUUUUUCUUGCGCUGAUGGAAAAAGACAAACACAAAUAUAUGGUGUCGGUAGGGGACAGGCAUCCCUAUCUAGCAGUACAACCUUCAGCCAUCUUAAGCAUUUACGAACUGAGAACUUAAUUUAGACAUUUACCCAUCUUUGGUCCAAAAUUACAAAUCCUUGGCUGGUUUGUUUAAUAAGGCCUACCAGGAAAUUGUUUUGGCACUGCUAAAAAGCCUUCUUCUGUAGCUCUUAAUAUGCGUAAAGUCGCCGGGGACUAAAUCAAAACAUAGCCAUAAAAUUUGACUUUUGCAGGACCACCCCAAGUUUGAAUAUAACUGCAACCGCCGCUUUGCCGGUGCAUUUCUAUGUGUAAAACUAUGAUAUGCAGAAACUAAGGACAAUCCCUUACACUCAGCUACCCCUCAAUAGCCAACUGUUUUGCCGUACGACGUAAUAGAACUAAAUUACUUUUCUCAAAAAAUCGUUGGUGAACUGUUGGAUCAUCCCGUACAAUUCUAAAAAGAGCUCAUAACAUCUUUCCACUCCUCCCUUUCUUGGGUGCAAAAUAGAGCCGCUUUAUUGCUCUACUACCUCGUGAAACAAUGGGCUACCAUUGUUGACUGUCACAAAAUUACGCGCAUUGCUCUACAGCUAUAAUUUUUUGCAAUUUUGUCUCUUUGCGGAUAACCCGAGGCAUCUGUGAUCCGGUUUACUCAUGUUGCACGUAAAGGGCUCUCUAUGUGCCUUACUGCACCCUAUUACAGAGACAGACAAUAAGAAAUACGCGGAAUAAUAAGAAAAAGUUUUCAUAGGGGGCCUUUGCUGAAGACUUGGUUGAAAGUGUUGCUAUUAUUUUAUCCGACACGCUUUUUUAUGAUUUCUAAUUGUGUUUAACGUAGUCAGAAAGACCACUGGACAUUGCCUAAAAAGUUUCAGAGCUUCAUCGAAAGCGAUCUGGAAACUAGAGUUUGCGUUCUGGACCCUACCCGAAAUAGCCGCAAAGCGGAAAACCUCUUAUAAUUAAGCUCGUUUUGGCGGAGCUAACGAUUGGCACGUAGCAUAUAAAUCUUCACACUGUACUCUUGUAUAUGCUAGGUAUUUACGGUGGGCAAUCGGUCUUGGCGCGAAAAAAAUUAAAUUGAAAGUUGGGUAAAAAAUCGUACGAACUUUCCGUCCAACCUAAUAAUUUUUUACAUAACUCGUCAAACUUAAUCUAAUUUUAGUGAAAACACCUCUCCAUCGGCUUUACAACUUGGCCUUCGACAAGGAACUCAUGUCGCUUAUGAUCAUGAGGACACCACAGACGGGGCAGUUCACUCUUUUCAAGACGAACACGGAAAUUGGUGGACGUAUGCCUUCGAUGAACAAGGAAGUGGGACUGCACAAGCUCUGGGAUCAAGUACAGCCAUCGCUGAGUUAUUUGACAGGAGAAGAGAGAAGAAUUAUGAUGGAAAUGAGGAGAAGAUCAAGAGAUUUCCCAAAGUUCGGCAUCCAGAUGACCAUGAGUUUUCUUAUAAAUCGACCGGUCGGUUGAGUGAUGCAAGACCGGUGGAAUUGACCAAAAAGAAGGAUCAUAGGAGGAGUUUGUCGCUUGGGCCGAGAGAUUCUGUCUUAGUAUCUUCUAACGCAUCUUAUACGGAGCUGGAAAACUUUUCGGUGGGAUCUUCUGGCCAUAAGCCUCAAGAAGAUGAUAGUGACUCGGACAAGUGCAUAUUGGAUCGCCCAACCAACGUUUUCCAUCCUUCUGGAACUACGAAUGCCGCCGAAUAUGGGUCUAGAGGGGAGAGGAUCAAUAAUAUUGACAAUACUAACAAGUAAGCACAUUGCACUUGCUUCUACCGUAAUCUGAAUCAUAAUUUUUGAUAAUUUUAAUUUCAGUAAUAACCGUCCAUUCAUUUCGUUUGUAAAUUUGGCCUCGAGAUUGUAUAAUAAUCAAAUCCAACGGAAUUCUCCGGGUAAUCGAGAACGGGCUUCAAUUCAUUCCUCCUCUGCCACCCAGUGGAAUGUUCCUUAUAAUUUUCAUCCAAACAUGUCUCACCAAUCGCGAAUGGCAUUGGAAGCGUUUGCUUUGGAGAGUAGAAGGAGGCUACAGGUGGACUCCGGAGAGCGUCUUCAAUGGUUGGUCGAUUUUUUAUUUUUUUGGUAUUUGAUGACGUUGUUGUAGGCAUGAUUAUAUGAGGUUGGACAAUGAGCUUAUGGUGCUGGAAAAUGCGAGCAAUUCGAGUAGAAGACAAUCUAACAAUUGUAAGUUAAUCAUUAAUGAACACCUUUGACUUUUUAGUCGCUCCACCUCGAGUUCGAACUCUUCGACCGCCUCCGGCCAAACUAAAUUACUAUUAUCGACUCCGAUUGUUCCCGAAAUGGGUGCCUUUCUACAAUCCAAAUGGUGUCAAACUUAAGGUAGGACGAUAAUCUUACGUUAUAUGUAUUUAGUUAUACUUCUUUUAGCAAUUAAAAAUCUCAAUUUCAGCUCAAUCGUCUGGCCCUUACCGCCUUGUUCGACAGAAAUCGCUCGCUGUCAUCGUGUGUAUUUGAUAUCAUCAUCGGGUCUCUAGUAACUCUAAUGGCUGCCAUUGUCAUUCAUCGAGGCAUUUAUUCGGACAUCUGCACUUUAAUCUUUGCAUUUAUUGUGGCUGGAGCUCAGGUAGCCUAAAACAAUAUAAUUUUUAUCCCCCAAUUUAGUUUUCUCUCCUCAAAAGUGUCCAACCAGAUGCCGCAUCUCCAAUUCAUGGUUUCAAUUGGCUGGUUUGUUACUCCAGAGCAGUUUACUUUUGUCUUUUUUGUGCAAUUGUCCUCUUAUUGGAAUGGGAAUUGGAUCAUAUUGGCUCGGCCUUUGCCUCCCCCAGUCGGAUCAAUCGAGUUGGUCUUCAGUGGAAUCCAAAAUAUGCUUCUGAGAUGACUUUCGAAGCAAUGAUAGUGAUGAUGCGGGACUUUGUGGCAGCUCUAAUCCUGUUCUUACCCAUCAUGUUCACCCUCGGACUGCUUCCUCAAGUCAAUACAUUAGUUAUGCAUGUUUUGGAACAGGCCGAAAUGAAUCUGUUCGGAGGCACUGCAGCUUUUUCAAUGUGUUCUUCCAUCUUUUCCGUGACCAGGUCUUUGACGGCCAUCGGAAUCUUGGCCAUUCUUGGGAGUUGGAUCAAUUUCAUGGAGCCGGAUUCAACUCAAAAUCUCUACUUCUCAAUUUUCGUUGCGAUUAUGUCAUCAUUUUCGUAUGUGGCAUCAAGGUAGGAUAAAUUUAUAUUGAUUUAGAUGACCAAAAUUGCUUUUUUAUUUUAUUUAAAAUAAAUUUUAGAUGGUCCAACAACCCUCUGUUUUACCAAAUGCUCUGGGAAAAGUGCUGUUCCUGCUGGGAAAAUGGGAUUUUCUGUAAAACAGCGCCGGAGAGUGUGGCCGAAUCUCGAGUUACGUAUCGACCAAAGGAUGCCAACAGUGGGCAAUCCGUGUUUUUGGAAUUGCGAACGGUGGAUGAGAAGAAGAAUUCGAAUGCCCAUGACUUUAUGUCUGGGAAGGGUAUGACCGAUCCUUUGCCGGAUCAAAUUAGACAUACCUUGGUGUUGAGAACACAACAUGAUUGCUUUGUGUUCAUCUUGAACAGCUGUUUGUUAUUUGCUUUACAUUCCACAUCCGUUUUUACAGCGGCCCAGCCUCAUUUCCAGGUAAGAUAGGAUGCAAACUUUUAGUCAUCACAUUUUAUAUUGUUCAUGUUCUUUUUCUUGUUUGUCAUCAUCCUUCAUCUCGUAUUUCAGACGAUCUGUUGUUGUGUUUGCGCUGUCAUUGGAGUAUUAAACCAUUACAUCUACCACCAGAUGAGGUCCCACACCCCCUGGAAGAUCUUCGCCCGUCCAAUUCUCCGCUCUUUCGAGUAUAAUCAAUUCGAGACCACGGUUCAAGCUAAAUUAAUGUUUUUCGAACGGGCUCAUGUCUGGCUUCAAGUCAUCGAGAAGUAUUUGAUCUAUCCAAUUACUAUCAUCAGCUUCCUAACCACGGAUAAAUGGAUCUUUGAGUCCAUUUUGUUGACUACUUUGAUCUCUUUCCGACUUUUUCGACAAGCUUAUUCAGCCCCUCAGAUGUUAUAUGUCCCGUUUGGGGCUACCUUUAUCAUCACUGCAUCCAAUUUCCACUCAAAUGUUUAUGAGAACACGUUCUUCCAGCGAUUCUUCCCCCAGAAACCACCAUUUUUGUUGUUGUUCUACCUGUUGGCAGUGAUCUGGCCAAAGAUUGAAGAGCUGCUGCUGAAAUUGAAUUUCAUCUUUGUUUAUAUUGCACCUUGGCAGAUCUCCUGGGGAUCUGCUUUCCACGCGUUCGCUCAGCCGUUCGCGGUGCCUCACACUGGAUUUAUGGCAGCCCAAGCAGUGGUGUCAAGUGUAAUAUCAGCACCUCUCAAUCCAGUGUUAGGUAAAUUCUGAAUUUAAAGUUCAUGCAUUUCUCCGCCUCUGAUCUGCUUAUUUUUGGAUUUUCAGGUUCCUCCCUCUUUCUUCUGUCAUACUGUAGACCCGUGAGAUUUUGGGAAAAGGAUUACAAUACAAAAAGAGUCGACAAUUCGAAUAUAAGACUGGUCUCCCAGCUGGAUCGAGGGCCAAUGAUGGAUGAUUCCAGUCUGAAUGCCAUCUUCUAUGAGCAUCUGACGCGGUCUCUUCAGAAGUCUUUGGCCGGCGAUCUGGCCAUGGGAAGAUGGGCAUCUUCUGUUGAAGCCGGGGAUUGUUUUAUCUUAGUCAGUCUCUAUCUCAGUUGUAUGGUGCAUAUAAUUGAAGUGGGCAAUGGGUUUGUAACCUUCCAAGUGAGUGUUUAUUUUGUUUGCGGCGACUUUGCCAUCUCAUUUUUGUAAUUAAAUUGCUUUAGGUCCGAGGAUUGGAAUUCCGCGGGACUUAUUGUCAUCAAAGAGAAGCCGAAGCCAUCAGCGAAGACUGGGCUGAUGGUGGAGGAUGCUGUUGCUGUACUUUGGGAAGCAUCCCGGGAUUAUUAUCAUAUAAUAAUGCUUGGGCAUUAAGGUAGGAUCAAUUGGCCACCUAACCAGUAUAAUAUCAUUUUUAUCGGUUGUGUUUUAGAUGGCUUGCGUGGGAAGUGACCUCCAGUAAAUACGUAAUCGAUGGCUACUCCAUUACUGACAAUUCUGCAGUAAAUCUUCUUCAAGUCCAUGAACUUCGAAGGCUUUUGGUCACCCUCUAUGUCAAAUGUAUUAUAUAUUAUUGCACUCGAAGCAAAGAUCUGUCUGCUUGGAUGAAGAACACAGUCAUCAUCAAGGCUAUGGAGCCCAUUAUGAAGAGUUCCACCUACUCAGAUAAUGAUCCCAUGUUCUGCUCAGCCAACGAUGAGGACUUUGAUAUUAAUUUAAUGGCGAUUACUAAACACAAAUUCUUGGAAAAGUAUGGAGCUUGGAUAAAAUAUUGUUUUGAGGAGAGAAAGAAGGUUGUGUCGUAAGUUGAGGGGUGCUUUGAUAGGGUUUUUAAUCAUUUCAGGAAGAGAAAUCUGGAUCUGGAGCAAGUGAAUUCGUUUUGCUUUGCCUUGUCGAUUCUUGGAAGACGUGCCCUCGGGGCAGCUGCCUACAAUCGACAUGCAAAUGCCGCGGAAUCUUUUCUCUAUGGACUGCAUUCCCUGUUCAAAGGGGAUAUGAGGUGAGGCAAAUGAAAUAAUAAAACGUUUUGAUCAAUAUUCCGAUGAUUUUUCACACUUGAAAUUCUAGAGUUGCAUCAGUCUCGGAUGAAUGGGUUCUGGCUGAUCCAGAGAUCCUAACUACAGUAAUCUCCCCAGCUGUCCGAAUGGCCUUAAAACUUCAUCAGGAUCACUUCGCGGCUGUUGAUGAUUACGAAGAAUACGAAUCCUUCUACUACAGAAUCCUUUAUUACCAAGAUAACAUCUUCAUCUCGCAUGAGGUAAGACAUCUCAACAUAAUUCUAUUAAAAACAUUUUAGCACGAUCCAGCUUGGAGACAAGCGAUUAUCGCGAAUACUCCGUCUCUCCUAGCUCUGCGGCAUAUGUAUGACGAAAGUCAAGAUGACUACAAAGUUAUCAUGCUCAACAAAAUGCAUCUGAAUAUGAGGUAGGGCUUCAGCAUUGAUUUUAUUGUCCUCUAGGGUAAUCAAAUUGAAUCGAGAAUGUGUCCGGGCUUUCUGGUCCGGUCAACAACAAGAACUGAUCUUCUUGAGGAAUCGGAAUCCCGAAAGAGGAUCCAUCCAGAAUGCAAGACAAGUCCUGAGGAAUAUGAUAAACAGCUCCGCCGAUCAGCCCAUCGGAUAUCCAAUUUAUGUGUCCCCUCUGACCACAUCCUUCAUAGAAACACACUCUCAGAUUCCGGAGAUUAUGGGAAGACCCAUCACUUUCUGUUCCAUUGGAAGUCAGUUUAUGAAACUGUUCGGGAGAUUGAGAAAACAUUUCGGAACCUCUGGAUCAUCUAAUAUUACUCAAGGAACGGGAGGAAAUCAACAAAUAUUUGGACAACACCAAGGGCAAGCCUACCAAUUAACUCCUGAGUUCAGAAGACGAGGGAGAAAUCCAGAGAAGAAGGAAGAUUCGGCUAGCCAAACAUCUCAAGUGGAAGGAACUCCUUCGGUCCAUAUGAGAAGUAGAGCAGAUACCAUCAAUGCAGUAAUUAAUGUAGCUCAAAGAGAACGAGAGAGACCAAAAUCUGAGAUCAAAAGCGAAUUCCAAUUGAAGGAUAAGGCAGUUGAAAUCAUCGAUAUUUCAAAGGUCAGAUCUAUCAAGUGUAAUAUAAAUAAGUUGGUUUUAGGUCUCGAAAAAGCUCAAUGAACCACUAAGAUCUGAAAUGUACUUGGUCAACUGGCCUAAUGCAGAGUUCCGAACUAAAGGAGGCAAAUCUGGAUGGCCUAGCGACUUCGAAUUGAGAAACGGGCUAAAAGGAGUUGUUGUUCAUGAAUGGCAUCCCUUUCACGUCAACCCCGACUUCCGGUCACACAAAGGUUAUAUCGUCUGUCUAGUAAGUUCAUCCUUUCUACUUUGAAUGAUUUAGGAAAACGUCUAACUGUUACUUUAGGUCAGAAUCCUCCACAAAAACGAUCAUUUGUUCGUACCGGUAGCCUUGAAUGGCCUCAAAGAAUAUCGAGGGGAUCGAGUUCAGACAGAAACUAAUCUCUAA